AAGGUAGAGAUCGAGAAUCUUGUCAACCUGCACAAGUCUUUAUCGGCCAGGACAAAAUUAGACAAAAUGAAAUUUAGAGAAUUCCUGUACAGCCAUUUCAACCUGACAGAUGAUCUUAUUAUGGACAGAAUUUUCAAAGCGUUCGAUAAAAACAACGAGGGCUACGUGGCGGUUGAUAGCUGGCUGAGAGGGCUUUCGAUAUUCAUCCGCGGUUCAACCGACGAACACAUUUCAUUCUGUUUCGAUCUUUACGAUCUCAACAACGACGGUUACAUUAGUAAAGAUGAGGUAUACACCUUACUGAAGAAGUCCGUAGUUAGGCAGAUUAGUGACGAGGACCCAGAAGAUGCUACCAAAGAACUAGUCGAUCUAGUCAUCAAGAAAUUGGUUGGUUGGUUAGUUUGA